AUGAAUUCCAACGAGCAUAAUUUAAUUAAUUCACCUCCAAUAUCAAAACUUUAUCAUCCACAAUCGCCUCAUUUAAAUACAGUACUUGAAAAUCAUUUAUUUUCACCAUCAACAAUGACAAAGUCAUCGUGUGCCGAUUUUUAUCGAGAACAACAACAGCAAGUAAAAUGUGAAACACUUAAAAAUGAUGUUAGUGAACAAAAUUAA